AGGAGGUGGUCUUUUCAGCAUUGACAAAAAGCAACGAAAGGCUUUCCAGUUUUUAAUCAUUGUGCUAUUUUUCUGCAGGAACUACAUCAUGGGUUGCGAAAAUUCAAAAUGUGGAACUGCUGAAUCUGUCAAAACAACUUUGUUUAAAAAGUGCUGUUGCUUUACGUACAGAAUACCUUCUCUGCUCUACCUGCCUGGAACCCGCACAUACCUGGCCUUUGCAGAGAAGAGGAGAUCCUCUAAGGACGUUUGCGCAAAAUGUCUCAUGAUCAGACGGAUGACUACAAAUGUCCACCCUACAGAGUGGUCCCCCCCCAAGGAGCUGUAUAAGGAGCUGAUGAUCACCGAGCUCCCCAACCACCGCAACAUGAACCCCUGUCCCGUGUACGACAGCACGACCCAGACCGUCUUCCUGUUCUACAUCAGCGUCCCGUGCGGUGUCACCGAGCGUGAACAGAUCGACACGGGGAGGAACCAGGCGCGGCUGUGUUGCGUCUCCAGCAGCGACCAGGGGGCCACGUGGGAGGCCCCUCGGGACCUGACGGUGAGCGUGAUGGGGGAGAUCAGGGUGUCCACGUUAGCUGUUGGGCCCGGCCACGGCGUCCAGCUGGACAGCGGGCGCCUGGUGGUGCCGGCAUACGCCUACCUACCCCAGCCCGGCAAAUCGGAGUCACGGGCGUUUUCCAUCUACAGCGACGACGGGGGGAGCCUGUGGCAGAUGGGCAAACAGCUGGACUCGUGGUCCAACGAGUGCGAGGUGGCGGAGGUGUUCGAUGGCGCUAAAAGCGUCCUGUGCUGCAACGCCCGCACUAGAGGGUCGCGGCGGGUGGAGGCGCAGAGCACGGAUGGUGGCGACACUUUCCAGAUGUCCCCGGAAACGUCGAUGCUCGUCGAGACCGGCACAAACGGGUGCCAGGGCAGCAUCAUCGCCUUUCCCGCCCCCAACCAACCAGAGGGCGCGGUCAGGCAGACCUGGCUGGCGUUCAGCCACCCCACCAAUCAGAGUUUCAGGCGGGACUUGGGCAUGUCUCUGAACCGCACCCCCCUGCAGUCCCACUGGGACCCCCCGAAGGUGAUCCACCGCGGGCCCAGCGGCUACUCAGACCUGGCCUACAGCCAGGAGGACCAGCGCUUCUCCUGUCUGCUGGAGUGCGGGGAGAAAAGCGAACUCGAACAGAUCGCCUUCAUGUCUUUCACGCUGGAUGAAAUCAGGCAGACCUCCAGCUAGGCAAUGAGAUUUGAAUUUGAUUAUGUUUUCGCCAAAA